AUGUCUGAGCCCAUUCACAAAGCCGAAUCUGGAGCCGGCGAAGUCGAGCAUGCCAAAGCAAAUCUCGCGAGAAGACAGGAUGCUCAGCAGGCUUCGGCAGCUGAGCAUAAUGCUACCUUUCGGGAGGCGCUUCGUGAGAACUGGAAGGCUUGCCUGUGGUCGGCCUUGAUCUCCUUGACCAUUGUGAUGGAAGGCUAUGACCAGUCUCUGAUGUCGAAUUUCUUCGGCUAUCCAACUUUCCAGAGAAAGUUUGGUUCCUACUACCCUGACAAGGACACAUGGCAACUCACAGCAGCUUGGCAGGCCGGUCUCCAGAAUGGCACCUACGCCUGUGUCGUUCUCGGUGGCUUCAUCAACGGCUGGGCAUCGGCUCGCUAUGGUUAUCGCCGCACCCUCCAGGUCGCCCUUGCUCUCAUGACAGGCUUCAUCUUCAUCUCGUUCUUUGCUGUCCGCAUCGAGAUGCUCCUUGUCGGCCAGAUGCUAUGCGGCUUUACGUGGGGAGUGUAUGCAACCACCGGACCUGCCUAUGCCUCCGAAGUUUGCCCUCUGGCUCUUCGCGGAUACCUCACAGUAUACAUCAACCUAUGCUGGGCCAUGGGCCAAUUCCUAUCCAGUGGUGUCCUCAAGGGCAUGCUCGCGUACACCACCGAGUGGUCAUGGCGGGUGCCACUCGCCAUCCAGUUCAUGUGGCCAGUCCCUAUCAUGGUCGGCAUCGCCUUUGCUCCCGAGUCGCCCUGGUGGCUCGCCAAGAAGGGCCGGUACGAAGAGGCGGAGAAAUCCCUGAUUCGCCUGUCGACCCGGAGCAUCGAGGACUGCCGUGCCAGCCUUGCCCAGAUCCAGCACACUAUCGAGCUCGAGUCUCACAUUCAGUCCGACACCAGCUAUCUCGACUGCUUCCGCGGCACCAACCUCCGGCGCACCGAGAUCUGCAUGAUAGUCUUCGCCGGUCAGCAACUCGGCGGCGCUGUCUUUGCGUACACGCCCACAUACUUCUUCCUGCAGGCCGGCAUCAGCACGAGCAACGCAUACGGCGUUGCUAUCGGCAGCACAGGCAUGGCCUUCGUCGGCACAUGCUUGUCGUGGCUACUGCUGGCGUACUUUGGUCGGCGGCCCUUGUACACCUACGGCAUGGCAGGCCUCACUGCAUCCCUCCUCGUCAUCGGCAUCUGCUCUGCGGCGUCGAAGAGCGAAGGCGCCAUGUGGGCCCAGGUCGCGUUCGUCCUCGUCUGGAAGCUGAUCUACUCCCUGACCGUCGGCCCCAUCUGCUACGCCAUCAUCUCCGAGACGUCUGCCGUGCGCCUGCGGCCGCAGACCGUCGUCGUCGCGCGCAACACCUACGCCAUGGUGCAGAUCAUCUCGAGCAUACUCAACCCGUACAUGCUCAACCCGACGGCGUGGAACUGGAAGGGCAAGUCGGCCUUCUUCUGGGCUGGCACCUCGGCUUGUGUGGCCACUUGGGCGUACUUCCGUCUCCCCGAGACGCGAGCGCGAACGUACGAGGAGCUAGACAUGCUCUUUGACCAGAAAGUCAGUGCUAGGAAGUUCAAGGAGACUCAUGUUGAUCCGUAUGGUGUCGACACGAUGGAGGAGAAGCCGUCUUCUAAGUGA